AUGGAGGAGGAGCGACGAGUGUGGAUCGGCUGUGACUCUGUCAAGGAGAUCAAGGAGGCUCUCGCAGCGGAGCGGGACAACAAGCGGCACUUCGAUGCGAUUCAGUUUUUUUGUGGGGAGAUCUUGGAGAGGCUUCACUCAUCCAAAGGUGAGUUUGUUGAUGAGGUGAGUGCUACCGUCGAGAGGUUUGGAGGCACAGAGGAGGAUCUGAUUGGUGUGCUCAACUGGUGCAUUUCAAAUCCGCCCUGUUUAGACAGGGCUCUGGAUGUGGGAGAUGCUCCUGGUGAUGGCAGUUCGUCUGCUGCUGCUGCUGCUCACAUUGACAUUCUCAAGGCCGCUUUGGUACCACAGCUCGACAUCAGAUUCAUCCACUUCGCUGCCAGGGUCGCUUGUAGGUUGGGCAUUCCCAGUGAUCGAAUGCAAAGGGUGGCAGAGGGCAUUGCUCCUCCUCAGCAGGGACAGGAUAUUGGCCAGAUUGAGGUACAGAGGUUUGCGAAGCUACUGAUGACGGAGGAAUUCAAAGUCUGGAAAGGGCUAGGUUGGCAAGGAGGCAAAGACAUCCUCACACCACCUCAGGAGCUUGAGUUGGCCUUUGCUCAGCUCGACUGCUUGACAGAGCUCAGGUUGGACAAGGUUGGGAACCCAGAGACUCUCCUUAGCCAACUCCUUAGGAAACCAGGAAACAACUUGAAACGUCUCGUCUUGACUAGGAACAGGAUGACAGUGGAAGGAUUUGGGAAAUUGAGUAGGGAUCUGGCAAGUCAGGAGUGCAAGGUGGAAGAGUUAGUCAUCCUGGAUAACGUCAUUGGCAAGGAAGGGUGGGAACAGGCAUUUCAGAAUGGCAUUUUCAAUAAGCUAGUAGAACUGGUGGCACCGUUUCCAGAGGAGGCAGGUGAAGCACUCUUCAAGGCACUCACGAGUCCAAGCUGUUCGCUGCAAAGACUAUCCCUAUGGGAUAGUGAUGCUGGAGUGUUGCCAUGGGUAUGCAAGGCUCUUCAGGAGGGCACCAGCCUGUCAGUUUUAAAUUGCCAAGGACAGAGUGAGGACCUGAGCAAUGCAACGGGCCUGGGUGAGGCCCUGAGCAGCGCUAAGUGUGGCUUGGAGGAACUCAGCGUUACACUUUAUCCAGGUGAUGGUGGUGGAUGGUUGGGCAAAGCGCUACAAAAUCCCAAUUGCAAGCUGAUCAAGCUUAAACUUUCUUUUCGCAACGAGGGAGGAGGAGUGGUCUGUGACAGCAGUCUGUGGUCAGCCCUCUCAAGUCCACAUUGUAAGCUGCGCCAUUUGGAAAUAUGGGGAGGAGAAGAUGAGUUAACGUUGGAGUUUGCCGAGGGCAUAGAGAAGAGCCAACUGGAGCAUUUGGUUAUAUUCAAUUGCAAAAUCACGAAUGGGGAGCUCUUUUGGAAAGCUAUCACCAGCUGCAAGCAUCUGAAAGCUUUGUCAUGUCACUCGGAACUGCCAUGGAGGUGCCUUUUGGGAAGCAGCAUUGAAGACUUGGAAAUACGUCAGGGAGAAAUUGAAAAGCUGGAAGAUCUUUGCCAGUUGCUGGGGGAUCCAAAAUGCAAGAGGUGUUCUGGUCUUUUAGAGCGGAAUGCAAUCUUCCAGCAGAGUGCAUUCAAAGACUUUGACAACCCGUCAACAGCAAAGCUCUUCUUGUGUGGUGCUAGCAGGGUUGGAAAGACCACAAUAAAAAAAAACCUCUGCCGCAGAGUGUCUUGGUUUCCAUCAUGUCUCCAAAGGCAUGCUUCAACAGCAGGCAUUGAGCUGCAACCACUUGUCUAUGCGACCACCAAACAAAAGCUGCUCAUUUGCGACCUGGCUGGACAGGAAGAGUUCCAUGCUUUCCACCAGUACUUUCUCAGAGGAAGUGAGAAGGAUCUCUUCUUGAUCGUAUGCAAGGUGGAGGAUGACAAUUGUGACGUUUUCAAGCAGAAUUUGGUUUACUGGCUGAGGUUCAUCGCUUCACAUCAAUCAGCCUCACCCAAAAGGAAGCCCAGGGUCUUGAUUGCCUUGAACUUUUUCACUCCAGAACCCGACUUUGACCCAAAGGAGGUGGUUUCUGCAAUAAUCUCCGACAAAGGCUAUUGGCAAGUACUUGAGUUUGGGAAUGACUUUUGUUUUGAGGUGGUGGCCACUCAAGUGAAAGAUUUAAGGGGGAUAAAAACCAUGUUGGGGAGUUGCUUGGAGGAACUGCUGUCAGCCCAGCAACAAAUACCACGGGAAUGUCUCAAAGCAAAGAGGAAAUUGGUACAAGAUCCAAGUCACAAGAAGGUCAUACCCCUAGAAAAAGUUGGCAAAAUUCUCUUGCCUCACAGGAGUUCCAAGAAUGUUCUCAAGUUCGUCUUGCAAUUUCUACAUGAUUCUGGUGAUGCAAUUUACUUUGGCUUGGGACAUGAAGAGGACGACAUUGUGUCUCAAUUUGUCAUCUUAGAUGUCCAAUGGUUUAUGAGGGAUGUGGUGCAACUCUUCAUACAUACUGAGACAAGCAAACUCAAAAGUAAAAUGGAAACACAUAGAGUUAAACAUCAGUUGAAGCAACAAUGUGGGAAGCAAGACAAAAUAGUGGAGUACAUUCUUGGAGUGCUCCAUGAGAUGGGAGUGAUAUUGCCUUGGGAUGAAACAUGGGAUGGGAAUUGGCAUAACUUGCCCAAAGAGUUGAUAAUGCCAACACUAUUGCAAGAAGACUAUUCACCUUCAGGAUAUUUAUUGUCAAUUAACACUCAAAAAAACCACAACUACUGGGGCAGGAGGUUUGAAUGCAAAGACAAGGAGCUGAAAUUGUUUCCUGCAAGUAUUUUCACAAAGAUCCAAGUUAAACUUUACAAAUUAAGCAAGAAAGGUUUCAGGCUUGGGAAUGGAUGGGUGGCUUUGAAAAAAAACCUUAUCGAGAUAAUUGUGAGAGUUGGGGGAGACACAGACAAUUGGAAAGAUAGGCAAUGGGUUGAUGUCAUCAUUUACUACCCAAAAGAGGUAGAGAAUACACCAAGGCUGGAUUUAGAAAAGGAAGCUGAAGGAUGGAUGGAAAAAAUUAGAAAUUGCAUUAUUGGGGUAUGUAUGGAGGAUUGCCCAUCUUUGGAAAUUGAAGAAAAUGUGAUGAGACGUGGUUAUGUAUGGAGAAGGAUACUAAAUAAGGUGGACAAAUUAGAAUUAUGGGCUUCAGUUGUUUGUCCACUAAAGCAAGUCAAAUAUGAAGCAAGAGAAAGAGGUCUAGAAUACUCUCACACUUGGAAUUAUUCACAUGAAGCAGAGAGCUGGGAUGUGAAUAAUGAUUUAAAGGUCUCAGAUGAGAAUGCUUUGGCUAAGCUAUUGAUGCCUAAGGAGCAAAAACAUGAACUGGUGAAUAAGUUUGUUGAACUUCAUGAACUCUUGAAGGACUAUAAGGAGGUUGGAGAAGUCACAAUUCCCAAAGCAUCAUCAGAUAUUGUUGAGUUUCCAAACAUUGAAGACCCAAAACUUGAUGCAAUCCUCAGAUAUAUUAAGAAGAUGUUUGAUAAAAUGGAGAACCGUUUUGACAAGUUAGAUACAAAACUUAAUGAUAUUGAAGUAAGCGUUAACAAGCUCAAGAAUGGACUCAAGUUUAUCAUGGAUAAAGUGAAUGCAAUCCAUAUAACGUGUUUUCAAGUAUUAUUGAAAUUAGAGACAGAUUACCCAAAAUAUCCAUAUAUUCUUGAUGAGAAUAAUAUGUGGAAAAAUUACAGUAAAAUACUGGGAACACAUGGUAGACUUCACUACUUGUGUGAAUGGCCUGAAGGAACUUCUAAAGGUCAUCAAGUGAAGAGUUCUAUAGGUGUUGAAUUGGAUCUCCCACCAAAUUGGCUCAAAAAAUUUGCUCCAGUACUUAAAUAUACAUUGAUCCUAUUAUUUAUUGGGGCCAAAGUUGGAAGACAUUUUGCUGGUGUUGGAGAGAUAGUGAAUGCAAUAGUGGAUGAGAUCAAGGGAAGCCUCAUAAGUUUUUUGGAUUCAUGUCUUCUUAAAAGCAAGCUACCUACAAAUCCCAAAGCAGAAGAUGUGCAAAAGAUAUUUAAGCUAGUGACAACUAAAUUUGGGAAAGAAGAAAAACAGGAGACAAUCAUGGAAAAAUAUUUUGCUCUUCAUCCUAUAAUUUUGGAGGGAAAACAAAUAUGGGUCUGCAAAGAUCAUUAAUCUAUAUUUUUAUGAGGUGGUUUAACAAAACGAAGGUAAAUAAAUAUGCUUU